CUGAGCCGCCUGCAGCAAAGCUUCCUCUGGUUCUUUAUUCCCUGUCGUCGGGCUUUCUCACUCUCCCUUUUGUUUCUCUGUUUCAACACUUGACCGAACACCGUUCUCGGGUCUUUGCGGGCACACACAUCCACUGUACCUCAGCGAUGAGCCCCUCUCUCCUCAGCGCCAUCCUCUCGCCUCAGAGCUGGCCCGCGUCCAUCUGGGCGCUGCUCCUCUCUGGCGUCGCAACGCUCGCCUACCAGUACCUCGUGCGGCCCUCGCUGCCGCCCAAGGCGCCCGCCUUCUGGAAAAAGGAUGACGUGCCCUUCUUUGGCGCGCUGCGCUUCUUCAGCGCCCGCGCCGACUUUAUGAAUGACGCCCUCAGAUCCCCCUCGGUGGGCAAUGAUUUCAGCUUCUAUGUCGGGCAGAAGCAGGUCGUGGCUUUGCAUAGCCAGGAGGGUCGGAGGACGUAUUUUGAUAAUAAGGAUUUCAACUUUGGCGCUGGAUUUGGCGAGCUCUUUGCUGGCGGGCCGGCCAAUAGUGCCAAGAUGGAGGACUUUUCCACCUUCUUCAACAAGUCCCUCAUCAGCCUGCUGAAAAAGGAGAACUUCGUGCGCAACAUCCACCUCCUGACCUCGGACACGCGCGCCAUGUGCGAGGCGCUCGAUACCUCCCCGACCUACCGCUCCGCCAACGGCAGCGACUGGCGCGUCUUCAACCCCUUCGACGACAUGUACCGGCUGGUCUACCAGCUUACCAUGCGCACCGUGGGCGCGACGGAGAUCGUCGAGGACCCGAAGAUGCUCAGCUACACGCUCGGCAUCUUCGAGGCGUUCGAGAGGAGCACCUCAAACCUCCGCAUCAUCUUCCCGUGGCUGCCCACCCCGAAGCACCUUUACCGCAUGUACAACGGCGCGAGGCUGUACAUGGUCUUCGACAAGCUCGUCAAGGAGAGGCAGAGGACCGGCACCAAGCAUGAGGACGCGCUGCAGUUUCUGAUCGAGCAGGGUGCUGACGCGCAGGACAUUGUAUCUUUCGAACUCGGCGCCCUCUUCGCCGGGCAGGUCAACAGUGGCAUCAACGCCUCCUGGAUCCCGCUCCACCUCUGCCUCUACCCAGAAUGGAAGGCAAAGGUGCGCGCGGAGAUCGACGCCGCGAUCGCCAGACACCGGACCUCGGCCUCCCAAUCGCGCUACGACGUGCUCGACACGCUGAGCCUGGACGCGUGGGAGAGCGAGUUCGGCCUCAUCGACCUGUCGCUGCGGGAGUCGAUCCGCCUGGGGAUCCCGGGGUCCAGCUUCCGCAAGAACACGACGGGCGCCGACAUCCCUAUCGGCAAGACGGGCGGGGUGGUCCCGGACGGGGCGUUCGCGACGUAUCUGCUCGACGACGUGCACAUGGACCCCGCGAUCUACAGCGAGCCGAUGAGGUUCGACCCGGGCCGCUAUAUGCCCGACCGUGCCGAGGACAAGAAGAUCCCCCAUUCGUAUCUGGGGUGGGGUAGUGGGAGGCAUCCUUGCCUGGGCAUGAAAUUCGCCAAGCUCGAGAUGUCCCUGAUCAUCGCAUACUUUGUCGCAGAGUACGACUUUGAGCUCUCGGACGCGCAAGGCAACCGGACCUCGGAGGCCCCGCCGCCAGUGGACAGAAACCAGAACCAGGCGCAGAAGCCGUCGAAGACGACGUAUGUUCGGUAUAGGCGGCGGCAGGAUUAGUUGUACACACGAUAGCGAUUAUGGAAUACUUGAGUUGGAUAACAUUCAGGAUCCCCCGACGGAGUGUCCCGCUCAGGUUCAAUAAAAUAGACGACCAGGUCAUCUGGUUCGGCUUUCGCACGUGAAUCCUCAAAAAAUGUGAAAGCUUGUGUUAGCAGUCAACCGGGCACAGGAUGCAGACUCAACCUGGCCUUCAAGGACAGGAGCAGGUCAUGUAUUGAUGCGAAGAUGCGGGCUUGCUUCCAUUACUAUGUAAUGGCGGGGGGCGCGUCUGCAACAACGGUCACAUGAUACCAAGGUGUUUCGUUAUGAAU